AUGUCAAAUAUAUUAGAAAAGUCAUUAGAUGAUAUUAUAGGUGAGAAACAAACACAAAGAAAAUUUGUACCAACUAGAAGAAGAGGAACUCCAUCAAAUCGAUCAUCAAGAUUCCAACCACAUUCAAGAUAUUCAAGAUUUUCAAGUAGACCAAAUCAUAUAGAAAAAGAUAGAGAUGUAUAUAUUCCUCGUACAACAACCACAACCGCAAACAAUAUCCCCAAAGAUGUAUUACAAUUAGCCAAAGGUAGACCAACAUUAAGAUUAAAAAACAUUCAUCAAGAAUUAAAUGGAGAAGAUUUAAAUAAUUUAUUUUCAAGUAUAAAUUCAGUAGAUUUUAUAAAAUUUGAUGAUUUAAAUGAUUCUAUUGCUUAUAUAUGUUUUCAAAAUGAUAAUGAUAGAAGUAAUAAAGAAGCUAUUGAAAAAUAUGAUGGUAAAAAGGCAAUGGGAAAAAUAUUAAUUGUUGAAAAUACGGUAAGUUUAGUUGAUAGAAUUAAAUCAAAUCCGGUAAAUACAUUUAGACCUUCACCAUUAAGAAGUGUGCCUAGAGGUGCGAUUAGAGGUGGAUUCAGAGGUGGAAGUAGGGGAAGUUCUAGAGGUGGAUUUAGAAGUUCAAGAAGUAUAUCCACACCAAAGAAAAGUGCAGAAGAUUUAGAUAAGGAGUUGGAUAAUUAUAUGACGAAUACUAAUGAUGAAAUGAGUGUGGAUUAG